GUUUUUCAGCUCUUCUUCUUUCCUUCUUUUCUUUGUUUGCUGUCUGCCGCCGCUUUCACUUGCUCCGUCGAGUCACGAUGCUGAUGGAGACGCAAAACACCCGUUCUCUCAUUGAGAGAGAGCGGCGCACCGAGUCCGUGUUCCGCCCCCCGAAGCUCGUUAAGUCGCUCCCUCCGCACAAGAAGACGCUCACGGCGACGGCGCGACCGUGGUACCCGACGAGCUCCACGGCGGAUAAGAAGCCGCUGACCCCUCCACGCCCGAUUCUCUCCCCACCCACCGCGUUGGGCAACUCCCCCGACACGAAGUCGCAGGCCGCGCCGAAGCUCUCGCCGCUGGCGGUGAUGUCGCCGCAGAGCUCGGUGGGCAGCCCCUUCUCUCCUCUCUCCAACCCCGUCCACACGUGUUUUCACUCCUUCACCGACGAGGCCGCCGAGGCGAAGGUGUACCCAGUGGACAUGUUCAUGUCGGUGCGCAAGGACGCGUCGCACACCCCGCACGGCGUGCUGCGGUGGUGCGUGCAGCAGUACCUGGAGGUGCCCACGCUGAAGGUGCCAAAGCACUUGCAGCUGUCGAUGAGCGAAAUCCUCAACUCGGAGGACGGCGUCAACCGCGGUGCGCUCGGCUCCAGCCUGAAGGGCAAGACGCGCGCGAAGCCGGUGCGUAUGGUCCACCACAAGGUCAUGUCAGUCCUCAGCCGCGUCACGCCGCAGAAGUACGGCGACUUGCUGGAGGAGCUGCUGCAACUGCCGCUGCGGCAGACCGACGAGGGCGAGCUGCACGAGGUGGUGAAGGUGUUCUUCGACAAGGCGGUGCAGGAGCCGGAGUACAGCGGCCUGUACGCCCGCCUCUUCAGCGAGUUGUGCGAGAUGAAAGACACCGAGCGGGAGCUGGAGGCGGAGCUGCGCGACCGGCUCUUCUGCAACCGCAUCAGCCGCGAGCUCCUGCACACCUGCGACGAGGAGUUCCGCCGCCCGAUUGAGCUGACCGCCGACGAGAAGGUGGAUCGCACGACCGGCAAGCCGUACAGCGACGAGGAGGUGGACAUGAAGCGCACCCGCCUGAAGAACCGCCUGGUCGGCAACGUCAAGUUUGUGGGGGAGCUCUUCAGGAUUGACCUCGUGACGGAGGCCGUCAUCGAGAGCAUCUUCAACCUGCUUGUCGGCAGCUUCAGCCCGAGCAACCCGGUCGAACGGGAGGACUACGUAUUUGAGGUGUUUGCGACCCUCGUGAAGACAGUGGCCAGCAUUCUGAAGGAGCGCCGCCCGUGCUCCCUGGUCCGCUACCUGGGCGUCGCCAGGGUCGUGGAGAUGUCGCACCCCCACCUGCGCAUCCGCUUUCUCAUGAUGGGCCUCGACGAUCUCAACAAGAAGCAGGGCUGGGUCUCGAGCGAGCGGGUGAUGCGGGAGGCGGACUCCUGCGACGACGUGCAGCGCUCCACCGCAAUGAAGCAUGUGGACAGCGUGGCGAGCACGUCCUUCCUGCAAUCCUCCAUCAUGAGCCAGAGUGAGGAGAACAUGACGCAGCGCACCGAGUUCGCGCUGCCCCGCCCGGCCUCCAACUUCGGUGCGAGCAUCCACAUCUCCCCUCCUAGCCCAGACAACAGCUCCACGCUGUCCCGCCCGUACGCGGCGCCGAAAUCCGCUUCGCAGAACAUAUCCUACCUGAAGCCGAGCGCGAUCGCCGCGAUGCCGACGGCGGCGGUGCCGGAGCGGCGGGCGCCGCAGACAGCCGCCUUCAAUCGUCCGGCCGCGGAGACGAACGCGGCCCGCUCUUUCAUUGACGGCGCCACGCCUCUCCCAUCCCGCAACCGCCCGUCGAACGUUGGGGCGACGGAGGUGGUGAACAUACAAGACGUGAGUUUGCAGCUGAUGCAGAACUUCAACGACCCAAAGGAGGAGCAGACGGUGCUGCACGGCAUUGGUGAGAUGAGCCUGAAGAACAAGGUGCUCUGCCUCACGUGGUGGCUGCGACAGGCCGCCACGGACACCUCGCGCUUUAGGGAGCGGCAGCGUGUCACGAAGUUGCUCUCCUCUCUCCUCACCUCCAGCCCUUCCUUCCGGCCGAACGACUUGAUGGCCGCGAUUAUCGAGUGGAUCCGCUUCGACAUUGAAAAGGCCGAGUUCCACCAGUGCCCCCGCAUGUUUGAGAACAUUGGCCACAUGAUCCAAUACUGCUACGCCGCGGAUGUGGCGCGCCUGCCGAGUAUUGCUGGAGUGCAGAAUCUGCUGCACCUCGGUCUCUUCAACGUGAUGUUGCACGACCUGACGACCUCCAACGGCACCGAUCAGAUGGUCACGCUGGCCAAGAGUGCCACCUCCAUCGGUGCGGCACUCCUCAACGCCGUUACAAACCCGGCGACGGACGCCGCGAUGCUGCGAGUGGCCCUGCAGUGCCGCUUCCGCCUUCUCCCGUACUUCUUGAGUGUGAGCAACGUCUCGGAGAACGGCAUCCCAUGCACACCGACCCGCUGCCGCACGCCGACGACGCCAAACCUGCGUAACAGCCCACUGGUCGAGCCAAUCACCAGCGUCGGUCACUACGAUCCGCUAUCGCAAUGCAUGUCGUUCCAGAAGAUCGCCGAUGACGCUGAGUUCGUCGUGCUGCGCCGCGCACGCACCGCCGCCGGUGAGCGGACGCGGGCGUGGAAGGACGCGGUGGUCAACCUCGCCGUCGCGGAGGUCGGCAACGGCUCCACCGUGGCGCAGCUCGUGCAGUUGGCGAAGGUCGUCGGUGCCCUCCUCGCGUGCUCGACGGUGUCACUGAACGGCAGCAACCUGCUUUCAUCCGCUGAGGUGGACGAGGUGGUGGGCGAGAUUCUGAAGCGCCGCCCGGGUGAUCUCUUCCAGGCCAUCGCCGCCAUGGAGGUCAUCAUGCACCACACGCUGUCCAUCUCCGGCUCCAACCCGCGCAAGAGCGUCCGCGUCAAGCAGCUACGCCUCAUGUACGCCCGCUGGUGCACGCAGAACAUCCUCGACAAGUCAGUGGUGAUGGACCUGCUGCACAGCUUGCAUGGGCCGGAGAACGGCUCCGACGUUUACGCCGUGUACCACAACGCCCUCGUCGACGCCGAGCUGCCGUGGGCGUCGGUGCUCACAUACUUAUCGUAG